AUGAAUCCAGAAACAACUCAACCGUAUACCCUCCGCCACCAUCGCCCAGGCGACAUAGGAUGGAUCAUCCACCGCCAUGGCAUCCUCUACGCACAGGAGUAUGGGUGGACCGAGCGCUUCGAGGCCCUCGUCGCCGGGGUUACUGUGGAUUUCAUCGAGCAUUAUGACACCACCUGUGAGCGCUGCUGGAUUGCCGAACGCGAUGGAGAAUUUCUUGGUUGUGUCAUGUUGGUCAAGGAUCGGACGUGUGAUUGCGGCAAUACAGCCAAACUUCGUCUUCUGCUUGUCGAGCCGAGCGCACGAGGGCUGGGACUGGGGCGGGCUUUGAUCCGGCAAUGUACCGAGUUUGCGCGCGAGGCAGGUUAUGCGCGCAUACAGCUGUGGACGAAUGGUGUUUUGGCAUCGGCACGACGGCUGUAUGAGCGAGAGGGAUAUCGGCUUGUGUCAUCGGAGGCAGAUGACAAGUUGGGCUUUCAGUCGGUAGGGGAGUAUUGGGAACUAGGUCUUUGA